ACUGCUUCUCUCCCCCCUCCCUUAAUUUUCCUCGUGCUCUGUCCCAUCCCUUAGAAGCUGAAUAGCAGGACCUCUGAUGAGAUCCCUCUCCGUCCACCUUUGUCUAUGACUAAGCAGUAAGGGCUUCAGUGCAUUUUAAUGUCACCUCAUCACAACGCUGCUAGUGUGUGUGUCAGCACUCGCUCGCAGAUCUGACGCGGUUCGGAUCAAACGGGAGACAUGUUGCCCGAGGCAUCCAGCCCGACUCCCUGCCGCAACACAUGACCUGGCAAUUGAUGAGAAAAUGUACACAAGCAACGUGGUUACGUAAGGGGUAAGGGUCUGCUGCAGCUCCACAGUGCCGGUGUUUGUGCAGCUGUGCGGUGUGUGUACUGCAGCAGCAGGUAAGGCAGAGGAGGCAACCUGCCGCCUCCUCCUCCUCCUCCUCCUCGCCCGCCUGCGUUUGGAGGAGGAGGAGGAGGAGAUAAACAAGACUAUUCUAACCUCUAACGUGGAUAACAUACUUGUUUAUUUUGGAUGUUUGCUCAUGUACAUUUAAAAACGUGGCCUGAUGCGUAUCAGUCAGCGUGUUGACACAGCUUACUACUACACACACAGACUUUGUAGUGCUCUGUUGCUAUAAAAGGCACACCUUGGAUAAUUGUUUCAGGCCACAACCAUCUCUAAGUUUAUUGGUCUGUGUUACUAGGACAGCACAGUGAUGAGGGGGGUUCAGAGACAAUGAGACUGGGCAUGUUUUUACAAUGUUGGAUUAGAUAUGUGCAAAUACAGUAAAUGAUUGCUGUGACUUAUCAGCUGUCACUGUGUAUUUAUCCCCUAAAAUGAGGUAUAAAGCCGUGGAGAACUAUAAACACGUAGCAGACAAUUGUAUUCCUCUUAUAUCUGUGAACGCAGAGCUUUUGUUUGUUUUCCCACAACAUCAUUGUUUGCAGUGCGCCAAAAAUAGAGUGAAACGUGUGCUUAUCCACAUGCAAAAGAAACAAAAGGAAUUGGCAAGACAAACCAGUUUUGAUCCUAUUUUUAGAAGUAAACUUGCUCAAAAGAUUGUUUAGUGCUGUUUUGUUAUUAGAUGUUUUCCUUCCCAGUCAUCUAAAAUAGAAGCAGCCGUGUUAUCCUCUGUGCUCCACUGUGCUCUCUCUGUAUCUGUAGCUGGCUGCCAUCAGCGCAGGACAAAUGACACUGUGUUGGAACAAGGUAAGAUCAAGUCGUUAUGGGAUGAUUGAAUGAGACUGAAGGGACUAAACACUGUGUGCUCAUAGAUACGGAUGGCUGCUCUUCUUCUUGGAUGGCUUUGAGUCCCGGCAGGCAAUCUUUUUUUUUUUUUUUUUACUUUAACUUUAACAGUCUAAAGUAGCUAGAAGAUUUGAGAGUUUUUAAACGUACAUUUUUGGAAAGCUUUUGAAGAGUUGAAUUUUUGUUUUGUACUUUCUGCGGUUGUGUUGCUCUUUUUUCCCUCUCACAUUUGACCUUUAUUUGACUUUGAUCUCAUCUGUGAAAAGAGCAGCAGAACAUGAUGAACACAUGCCAGUGCAUGGGAGUUAAAACUUGUGUCAGUGUUAGUUUGGACUGUCAUUAGUGGCCUGGCUCACAGCUUUCUCAGUGGUCCAGUGGACUGUCCAGUCCAGUUGUUAACAAGGACAGAGUGUCUCAGCAGAGUCCUUUCUUUCCCCCAACAGCAAUUCAGCUGAAACCAAAGCCCCGAUGAGGGGGAGGGGAAAGUUAAAGAGUCGGGAGAGUUCAGCCUAGUUUUACGGCUUCAGCCUUCACUUCCCAGCUCUUCAACAGUGAUCGAUGGGCUUAAACAUGCUCUGCAGACAGGCGGUGGGUGCGUUAGCUCAUUUUGUUGUGUCCUCCUCCCCCAUGAUUUACUUGGCCAGGGAAGUUCGCUCAGCUUUGAAAGAAGUAAACUCUCUCUCUCUCUUUCUCUCUCUGAGGAAAAGCUGUUGAAGGGGCUGAUUUGAAACCGAAUGCACUUAUGAAUGCACUUUUCCUUCAUUUUCCAUGUGGGAUCACUGCUUAGCAGAAAGUGAAAUAUUCAACCCCCUCAUUCAGACCAAACUGUAAAUUAUUUUGUUCCUGAAUUAGGCAGCUACUGCUUUUCCUGUGGAAAAUACUCUUUCUAUUUUUAGUAUUAUAAGGCCUCAUAAAUGAGUUGUAUUUCUUCCGUGGUUGAGAGAUGUUGCUGUCUUGGGUUAAUACGCUGGCUGCAGCUGAAGGAUGCCAGGAAUAACCCAGCUGGGUCGCACUGACCUCUCGAAACUGGGCAGUGCUCCAGGUCUCAAUUAAGUGAUGCUCUCUCUUUCCAGAAAAGGCAAUAAUAUUUAAAUGGGGCUAUAGCGUUUUCCUCCCUGAACGGUGCAGUGGCACUGUACCAAAGAGUUUUGUGGACCUUCAAAGAGAACAAACACGUAUGCAAUGCUAUGUGUUUGUUCUUCAGGAGGAGUGUGAUGACUGGACUGUAUUUUUAUUAAAUAAGGAAGUUCACACUCAGCUGGAAUCUUUUAGAAGGAAUCUUAAGGAGGGAAACUGUUGACUUCUUUGCAAUCAACUUUCCCACACCCUUCACCAUCUGCAUCAAUGAACAUUCAUAACAGCCUCCCAUACUGAGACAUGACCUAAUACUUGUUUUCACAUGAUUGCUCAAUUCAUCAGAUAGUGCUGAUUAAACCUAUUAUUUUUCAACCUCUUUUUCUUGCUCCCUGAGACCGGGGCAGGUGGUAAGAUCCACACUGCAGAGCAUCUCUUACUAAUAACACCAUUAAGGUUGUACUGCCUCAAGCUUGUAUCAGUGUAUCAGUCUGACAGGAAAGAAAAUGAAAAAAGUCUUGUACCCCAAUACCUCAGGUGCGUGCUACAGCUACACAGCUACACACAGAAGAUAAGAUCACAUCCUGCAUUUCCUGGAAAAAAAAACUGUGUUGAUUUCUUAGAGAAAAGACAAACUGAACUGGCAGCGUGUCAAAAUUACAUUUCAGUAACAUUUUACCUUUUUUGGGGAGAAGAAUCCUGAUAGUUAGCAUUAGUAUAGCAAUAACUAGCAUGACUGCAGAGAGCAGUCUUGCGGAUUGAUGCAGAAAGGCCACAGCAGUGACCACAGAGCAGAAUGCAGAUUACAGCUUUACGUAAAGUCAGAAACACCCUGAAUAGGCCUUUUUCACAGCAGACAUUUUGGCUUGUUAGGAAAAGAAGAGGCAUAACAUUAAAGAUGGCUCUAUUCUAUAUGUCCCAGUAAGCCAUGGCAGUGUGACAGCCAGCCAGCAUGCUCAGAACAAUACCAGGACAGGAUUGAAACCAAAGUGUCUAAUUCAUCAUCGUUGAUUUUGCCUCUGAGAUGCAUCGCAAAGAUGCAAAAAAAAUUAGGCAUGUAUAUUUCUAGAGAAUAUUAGAAUAAACCCUCUGGAGAGCAUAGGAGAGAUGCAGUGAAAUACAGUUUUCAGCCCUAUGUGUGUGUGGGGGUGUGUGUGUGUGAGUGAGUGUGUGUUUGUGUGCCUGUGUGGUGUCGGUCUGGUUUGAGGGGGCGUGAGGCAGUUAGCCUUGCGGCAGGGUCUGUGUUGAUGGAGAGAGAAAGGGGCCUGCAGGAUCCUGUGUGUCAGCAGCCUGCAUUGCCUGGCGGAAGUGCAUCACUGGCAGAUGUCCAAAAGCCCCCUUCAUCCUCCCCCUUUAACUCCCCCUUUCCCUUCCUGGCCUGUCUUCCUCUUUUGUCUCUGAGCACAGAGGCCCUUUAAGACAGCCACUGGAAAACACAUAUGGAGCCGUUGUAAUCAAGGCCACUGUUCUUCCUUUACGCUUUUCCAUUUCACAAGUACAACAAUGGUGUUGUUGGUGUGAAAUCAACACUUUGCACUGUAGGUGUCUUGCUCUUGCAUCAUGACUGCUUGCAUUGUUGAAGUGUGUACUUCUGCUGCCUUUCAUGUGGUUAUGACAAGGGAUGUUUAUUUACAUGCUCCAAGACCAUAUGCAGAUAUAGCCUGGUUUUGAUUGGACCAAAGCAGUGCCAUUUACUGGAUCUUGAAGUGGGAGGAGCUAGCAGUCUUGUAAUGAAGUUGUCAUGGAGGAGCUUCGCUUCUCUCUUAGCUCACAGAGGGAUAUCAGCACAGGAAAUUCGUUGUGAGGGAGUAAACACCUGCUGCCCCCCCCCCUCCUUCAGCCUCCAACAUGCACACAAACCACAUACAACCACAUGCUUGCUGAAGCACAGUUCAGGCAUGGAAGAAACGCUGGUUCAUACUCCGCAGUGGCCGCAUGAGUGGUGACCCUGAUGUUCUGGAGUACUACAAGAACGACCACUCCAAGAAACCCAUCCGGGUCAUCGACCUACACUGCUGUGAGCAGGUGGACGCUGGCCUGACCUUCAAGAGGAAGGAGUUCCAGGACAGCUUUGUGUUUGACAUCAAGACCUCAGAUCGCACCUUUUAUCUUGUAGCUGAGACUGAGGAAGAGAUGAACAAGUGGGUCCGCUCCAUCUGCCAGCUGUGUGGGUUCAACCAGUCAGACGACAACCACGAUGGCAGGUUACACCAUAUGCCCCGUUCUGUUGGAGCAGAUGUCACCGUCUCCAUGGCUCCUCUGACUGGAGAACGCAAGUCCUCUGCCCCCAUACACUCCAGCCAGCCAGUCCUCUUCACCUUCGAUGAGCCUGUGCGCCACACUCACCAUAGCUCCCUGUCUAACAGUGCACCCCAGGACUACCUCCUCCUCCACCAGUGCAUGAGCAGGAAGACAGAGAGUGCACGGAGUGCCAGUUUCUCCCAGGCCACACGAAGCAAUCUGUUUGUGGGGAGCGACUCUGCAGUGCAGAAACUCUCCCACGGCUUUUCCCACUGUCUGAAUGGCAUGGGUGCCCAGUUGCACGGCUUCUACAGCCUGCCCAAGCCAGGAAAACACCAGCUACCGGCGCAUGAUGACUCCCCCCAGGAGGCCUGUUACGUGCUUCCACGGGGUUAUAGCUCUGAGGCACCAUCUCACAGCAGUCUGCUAGGUGAACCUGAGCUGGAGAAUGAAGAAGUUUACACCUUCAAAACGCCGUGCAACGCCCUCGCCACCAUGCAGAGCAACGGGCGUCCAACUGACAAUUAUGACCUUCCUACACCACCUGGCUCCUUCUACCAGAUCCCACGGACGUUUGAUAAAAAUCACAAUGCCUUGACACCGUCAAGCUCUGAGUCCUCCUGUGCUCCUCCUCCCAGGCCCCCUAAACCUGGCCACGGGUCAGAGGGGCAGUGGGGGAGUCCCCAGUCAGUAGAGAGCCAAAACGGAGAGAUGACGUCUGCAGUGUCCGUGAUCCCACGCAGGAAUACUCUCCCUGCUGUGGAGAACAUCAGGCUGCACAGAGGCUCCUCCUUUGAAACUAACAGCCAUCACCGUCCCAUCCAUUUUAACAACUCAGGUCAGUCUGUGGAGUCUGUCAAUGAUGGCUUCAGCUCCUACCUGAGAACCAAAGCCCCUCUGACUCGCUCCGACAGCGGGAACUCCGAUGACAACUAUGUGCCCAUGAAUCCUGGCUCUUCACCGCUCAGUGCUGCCCAGGCUGACAGUCCUAAGAAUAUCUACAUCCCUAUGAGCCCUGGGCCCCAUCACUUUGAUUUCCCAGGAUUCUCUGCAACAUUACCUGCCCGUAAGGGGAGCAGCGCCUCCUUGUGUCACCGGCCCACUCGUCUCAGUGAUGUCACGCCACCACCCAUCAACCGCAACCUCAAACCUAACAGGAAAUCGAAGCCAACACCUCUUGAUUUGAAGAACAAUGGGAUCAUUGAUGAGCUGCCAUUUAAGAGCCCAGUCACCAUGUCCUGGACACGGCCCAUGCCCGCUAUGAACUCCAUGUCCUCCCAGCAUUGUCGUCCAAUUUCGACACAAAGCAUCACCAGCACCGACUCUGCAGAUAGUGAGGAGAACUAUGUGGCUAUGCAGAACCCAGCGUCUACCUCCCCAGCCGUGAGUGGCACCAGCAGCCCGGCCCCCAGGAAGUGUGGCAACGUGGACUACCUAGCACUGGACUUUCAGCCUGGGUCGCCCAGCCCACACAGAAAACCCUCUACAUCCUCUGUGACCUCUGAUGAGAAGGUGGACUAUGUGCAAGUUGACAAGGAAAAGACCCAGGCACUGCAAAGCACCAUGCAGGAGUGGACCGAUGUGCGGCAGUCUACUGAACCUGCCAAGGGGGUCAAGUCCUGACACUGAUGUGGGCAAAUAAAUGACCCAAAAAAUCAGACAAAAUUCCAAUCUUAAGUCAAGCAUCUCCAGUAUCAUGUUUCUGUCAUUACUGUAAAUACUGGUUGGGCUUGACUAAGACUGAAAUAUAUGGACAAUAAGCCAUAACCUAUCUUAUGCCUGAUGUUUUUUACUGCAGUGCACUGCUAAAAUGCAGGAUUUCAGGCCAUACAAGUGAAACACCUUGCCAAAGCUCUUCGUGCAGACUGUUACAAGAGUAUGGACAACUGAUAAAGUGUAUGAAAUAUCAGCCUCACUUAUCAAUCCAUCCCUUACAGAUUUCAAGUGUUUCAUCAAAGCUGUUCCACUGACCACCACUGCGACAGUUUUUCUUUUUUUUUUUUUUUUACAUUUAACAAUUUAACCAAUUGCUGCCAUUUAAAAGAGCAGCAGAGGCUAACUGGUCGAUUACCAUAUUAAUAUACUGUAAGAGUAUGCUUACUGAUCUCAGGAAUGCCAAGAUGCACUCCAGUUUUGGCAUGCAGGCAGACUCUCUCUUUUCACUUCAAUCUGUCAUUUGUGCUGAGUCUUGCAGAAGCAAUGAAGAGAUUAUUUUCACUGCGGGCAAUCAUUUCAGCUUAGCAGUGCAUGUCUGGUAAGAGGACGGGGGGAAAAAAUACAGCCUUACGAAUGCAGCCUGUUUCAGAAGCCCUAAUGAUAACUGUACGUGGCUGCUGCCUCAGUUUCAAUUAAGUAUGAGCCCAAAGCAUAUUUAAAAGCCUUCAGAAUGGUUGGCAGGCCAGUUAUUUCAGUGCAGGUACAAAUUCAGUAAUGUUCAGAUGUACAGAAUGAAGAAAAGGCAUACGAGAGAGCUCGUGUGUUGGUUUGACUUUGGUGGUCAGUUCACUUCAGGUAAUAUUCCAAUACAUUUCAUUGUAAAAAAUGUACUGACCAAGAAAAUUAUUUAGUCGGACAAAAUAAAACAAAGUGGGAGAUGUACUUUCCAGAUAUCCUCUUUCUAUCUUGCUCCCUCUUUCUCUCUAGAGACCAUAAAUACGAGCUAAGCAGAAGGAGAAUAACAUAUUUAUGCUUUCCGGAAUUGAACCGUUCACUGAUGUAUGUCUUUGAUAUGGCACACACUACAGCGUUGUCUCUGAAGAAUAAUUGUUUCCUGUAUGUAAAUUAUUAAUAGAAUGACAUAUUUGCAGUGCAUCUUGUUGACUGUUUGAAAUUUGAUGCGCUUGUCUGAGACAAAAAGUGCACUACAGUAAUGUGACAUUGUGCUUUGCUCGCAGGGGCAACCUGCCGCAAUGAAGAUUUGCCAGUGAUCGUAGUCACUUAAAAAUAAUUGAGGAAAGAAUGUUUUCUUAAUUUCCGAAACUCUUUUAUUUGUUAAAAUUUAAUUUCAGUUUAUACUGUAAAUGUUGCCUCGGAGAAAUUUUAUUAUUCACAAUAUUAUUCAUUUAAGAGUCAUAUUGUAUUUAGGACAACUGAAUGAACAGUUUCUAGUUCAGCUUAGGUCCAGUAUAUCAUUGUGGGCUGGAACCACUGAAGGGUCAAUCCAUAUUUGAUCUUAAUAUGAAUAGUGUGGCCAUACAGUGCUCGAUGGUAUUAUUCAUUAUUUCAUCAAGACUCACUUCUUAAUGUUUUUCUAGCCUUUUUACUGCUUUUUUGUAUUCUUUUUAUCAUUAUUUUCUACAUAAAUGUAAGCAAGUGAUAUUCACAAGGAUGGGGUCAGGCUAAAUUAAGCUGUAAAUUGUGAGUGUGUAUUUUAUUCGUUUUUUUAAUCCACAAAUUUUAGGAUCCAUACGUGAAAUUGGGAGGCUGGCAGUUUGAUUUGCACUGAUAAAACCCUUCCCAGGUGAACUGUGAUUCGCAAAGAGCGGGAGCUUGAGAGGAACGAAAAGACUGAAGAAAAGCCUGUCUACCUGUCAGUCUGAAGUGAAAUGGAUGUGUAAUUUAUUACCUGGAGAGAUCCGCUGUAAGCAGAAGAGCUGUGUAUGUGUUGUGGUAGAUUGUGAGUUGUAGUAUGUUCAAUGACAGCCUGACUGGGCAAGAUGGAAAACACUGCUCAGAUCUACUGUCAGACUGUCACUGGGUUGACGUACUGUACUAGUAGACAUCAUUUCUUAACCACUGUUAUUGCUACUACUGUAGACCAUUUGCUGAUUGCUUGUGUGUUAAUUUAUUAAUUUAUUGUGUGUUUUGCAAUUGAUAAUUGUAAAAAGGAAAACAAAAAAAACAGCCAAACAAGGAAACCCUCUCUCUACUAACACUGAUGUAUGCAAAAUCUCUUGAAUUUGUGAGGCAAUAUGACGCCAGUGUGAUGGUAAUGUGGUACAGUUCAUCAUUUGGGAUACACAAGAAUACAAGACUUUGUUAUUCCUGUAUUAUGGUAGACUUAAACUGUGGACAUAGAAUAAAUCAAGAAGUGAAAG